AUGGCGGUGCAGAAUUUCUGCGAUCAUCUGGAUGCCGGGAGGCAUGAAGCGCAUCUCAACAAUCCGAUGCUACUGUUCGAGUUGUAUAUGCAGACACUGGUGCGAGCGGCAUUCGACUUGACCGUGAACUACGAUCCUAGGCCGCAACCCGUACAGCAGCAGCGAAUAGUGAAGGAGAAGAAGGGAAAGGACAAAAACUUCUGCGGAGCUCACUCAAUGGAGGACUCUUCUCCGAUGGCGACGAAGGAGGAAACAGUUGGUGCUACGACGCGCUCGUCAAGGCCAACGUGUUUCAUUUGCAAAAACCCGCAGCAUCGGGCGAACGACUGCUCAGAGUUCGACAAGAAAACGGUCGAUGGACGCUGGGAGACAAUACAGAAACUCGGCUUGUGUCGACUCUGUCUUGGAGCACACGGAAGGCGCCCCUGCAAGAUUCACAAGCAAUUCACAAGCGUUGACGGAUGUCAACGGCGACACCACCCUUUGCUGCACUCCAAACGGGACACUAAUGAGGCCCAGUAG